AAAUCUCACCUUCCCCCAACACCCGCCUCACCUAAGACUAAUUUUUUGAGUCAUUUUCCAGCCCGGGAACGGAAAUCAACUGACGAAUUUGUUUUUACUAAAUAGUUUGUUAAAUAUAAAAUGUGUGUAAAUUUUUAUAAAGUUACAAAAAAUGGCUGGAAGUGAAGUUUUAGGCGGGAGCAGGUUUAAUCGAGACCUCACCCCCUCGGAGCAAACCCUCCUCCUGCAAAUCCGUCGCCGAAAGGCCACGCUGCUCCAGGAAAUUGCUCAAUUGCAACAGGAAAUCGAGACGGUCACAAAAUCCCUGAGUAACCAUGACAACCCACAAAAAAAUAAUCCAGUCCCACCUCCCCCACCCGCGACCCUAGCGGAACCCGAACCUAGCGACACAUUUACGGAUUUGGUCGACAUGGAAACGGAUAAUUCGAGUACAAAUUCGGAUAAACAGAAUCAGGCGGUUAUUAAAUUAAUGUCCUUGGGAUGUAAGAAAUUUAAUAUGGAUCCGAAAAAAGGGAUUGAAUUUUUAGUGCAGAAUAAUGUUCUGGAGGGGGGCAUGUCCGUGGGGGCCGUUGCCAUGUUCCUCUACCGGGGCGAGGGCCUCAACAAGACCGCGAUUGGAGAUUACCUCGGAGAGAAAAACGACUUUAACGAAGCGGUUCUCAAGUCUUUUGUGGAUCUUCAUGAUUUCACUGAUCUCAUCCUCGUGCAGGCCCUCCGCCAAUUCCUCUGGUCGUUCCGUCUCCCGGGGGAAGCGCAGAAAAUCGACCGGAUGAUGGAGUGCUUCGCAAAACGCUAUUGUCAGCUGAAUCCCGGGAUUUUCACGAACACGGACACUUGCUAUGUCCUCAGUUUUGCGAUUAUUAUGCUGAACACGAGUUUGCAUAAUCCGAGUGUUAAGGACAAGCCAACGGUCGACCAAUUUAUAAACAUGAAUCGUGGGAUAAACAACGGGGGGGAUUUACCCAAGGAAUUGUUAAUUUCGCUUUAUAAUUCUAUCCAAGCGGAGCCGUUUAAAAUCCCGGAGGAUGAUGGGAAUGAUCUGAUGCAUACUUUCUUCAAUCCGGACAAGGAGGGCUGGCUCUGGAAACAGGGAGGCCGUUAUAAAACCUGGAAACGGCGUUGGUUCAUCCUGAACGACAACUGCCUGUACUAUUUUGAAUUUACCACGGACAAGGAACCACGUGGGAUCAUCCCGCUCGAAAACGUGGGCGUCCGCGUGAUCAGCGACGCCCCCAAAGCGAAACAGUUCACUUUUGAGAUUUUCUCAAAGAAUUCAGACUUUAUUAAAGCGUGUAAAACGGAUUCGGAUGGGCGGGUUGUGGAGGGGAAACAUGCCGUUUAUCGGAUGAGUGCGGGGUCCGAGGAGGAAAGGGCAGUGUGGGUUUUGUGUUUGAAAAAGAGCAUUAGUUAUUCUCCUUUUUAUGAGUUGUUGGGUGGGGGUGGGCAGGGUGGGAAUAGUGGGGGUGGGGGGAGUAAUAAGAGGAAAUAA